AUGAUGUAUAACAGACACAAAACCCGACCUAUAUCAACUGCAUUCUUUCUCAUUGUCGCAACAUACUUUUUCUUCUUCUGGCUCCCUAGGAUUCAAACUUACCAAGGUCGCCCAACAAAGCCAAUCUCCAGAAAGGACCACACCGUUCGGCAUGAUGCCAUUCGUCUAGAUAAAGUCACCGAGCGAUUCCCCGUUGCAGAGUACAUCCCACUGCCCAAGAGUUCAGCGAAAAUCCCCCGCAUCCAGCAUGACUUUCCCGAAGAAACCCGCAGCGAACGUAAGGCCAGACUCAAGAAGCGGGAUGCUGUGAAGGAAGCGUUUCUUCAUUCAUGGAAUGGAUAUAAGGAUCAUGCAUGGAUGCGCGAUGAAGUGAAACCCCGCACUGGAGGGUACCAGGAUACCUUCAAUGGCUGGGGUGCCACACUUGUUGAUUCGCUAGAUGCGCUAGUGAUUAUGGGACUAGACGAUGAGCUGCAGCUGGCUCUGGAGGCUCUGGAAGAAAUCGAUUUUAAAACAACCAAGAGCAAGCAUGUGCCUGUCUUUGAGAUCAUCAUUCGCUACAUGGGUGGUUUUAUUGCUGCUCAUGACUUGACCGAGGGCAAGCAUCCUAUCCUGCUGAGAAAAGCGGUUGAACUGGGAGAGAUGAUUUUCAAUGCGUUUGAUACGCAUAACCGCAUGCCCCAAGUGCGUUGGGAGUGGACUAGAUCCGCCCAAGGCAAAGAAAUCACACCAUCAUCCCGCACAAGCCUAGCGGAAAUGGGAUCCUUGACAAUGGAGUUCACUCGCCUGACUCAAUUGACCGGUGAUCCCAAGUACUACGACGCCGUGCAGCGUAUCAUGAACGAGCUCGAGAUAGGACAAGACAAAACCCGGAUGCCUGGCAUGUGGCCGACCUGGAUUGAUACCGACCGAAUGACCUUUGACGACUCCGAAUUCACCGUUGGCGGAUGUGCUGAUUCCACAUACGAGUACUUGCCCAAAGAGCACAUUCUCCUGGGCGCACAGACGGACAAAUAUCGCCGGAUGUACGAAAAGGCCAUUAUCACAUUCAACGAGAAUCUACUAUUCAGAGGAAUGACCCAGGACGAGGAUCAACACAUUCUCUUCACGGCUAAUGUUGUCGCAAUGCGGGGUGACACGAAGACCUUCCAGUACACGCCUGACCACCUCAAGUGCUUCAUGGGUGGCACCGUGGCUAUUGGGGCUAAGGUUUUUAAUCGGCCGGAGGAUAUGUAUGUUGCCCGGGGACUUACCGACGGCUGUGUCUGGGCAUACGAUGUUAUGCCUACGGGGAUCAUGCCAGAGGUGUUCAACGUCACUCCUUGCGAGCACAUUGAUGAGUGUCCGUGGGAUGAAGAGCAGUGGAUGUCAGAUGUUAUAUCACACUCUAUUGAUACUGAGGAGGACCGCGAGAAAGCAGAAAACCACAUAGAGGCUGAACAUCUACCACCAGGCAUAACUAGUGUUCAAGAUGCUUCGUAUAAGCUCAGACCCGAAGCUCUUGAGUCCCUGUUUGUCAUGUAUCGGAUCACUGGAGAUAAAACUCUCCAGGACUCUGCAUGGCGCAUGUUUAAGAACAUUGAUAAGGCAACUCGAACUAAAUUUGGCCAUUCGUCGAUCAACGAUGUGCGUCACGUAAAACCGAAACAUGAGGACAAAAUGGAAAGCUUUUGGCUUGCCGAGACCUUGAAGUACCUCUAUCUCAUCUUUUCUGAGCCAGAUCACAUAAGUCUGGACGAUUAUGUGCUGAGCACCGAAGCCCAUCCGUUCAAGCGGCCAAACUGA